GUUAGUUAAUAUUUUUCCUUAAUAAUUUGAUUUUUAAAGCAAUUUUUUUAAACUUCCUUAUUCUGUCCAAAAAUUCAAGUAUUUCAUACCAAAUCAAAAUACUGUCUUAAAUAUAUAUAUGUACAUAUUUUUAAAUACCACCAAUCACACCGCAGCUUCAUCGAUCUCCGGUACAACAAUAUUUUGGACAGAACGUCAAAAUAGGAAAAUAAGAUACGCCAGUAGGAGUUUUUCAGGAACUAAUACUUUACAUAAACUCAAUACCCCUCCUUUUUGAAAUGGGAGGAUGUAUUGGGUCGAACCGAGAGAAUGGACCGUCGUCUGGGGAAUCCUCGGACGCAGCAGGGAGGAACCAACCUUUAAAACCAGAGAAACCCAAAUGGAAGAGUGAGGUCCCCUUGACUGAUGGUCAGCUGCGGUCGAAGCGAGACGAGUUUUGGGACACGGCCCCUGCGUUUGAAGGACGGAAGGAGAUCUGGGAUGCCUUAAAAGCGGCAGCAUACGCCUUGGAGACGGGAGACCACGCCUUAGCGCAGGCAAUCAUAGACGGAGCGAACAUAUCACUUCCUCAUGGGACACUUAUGGAUAGUUAUGAUGAAUUGGGAAAUCGUUACCAGCUUCCAGUCUAUGCCCUGAGUGCCCCCACAAACUUAAUUGAGGACAUAAGUGAGAAUGAGGCUGGUGUUGAUUCGGAGAACCAAUCUCCGGGCCUGGAGAUGCCUGUCAAGUUCAGAAUCUCUACCACAAACAAAGACCUCAAACUCUACGUACGGACCACAGACAGUGUUCUGAAACUCAAAAAACGUAUCUGUGAUGAAUUGGGCAUCGAGCCUCGCCGACAGCGCUGGUACUUUUCUGGUCGCCUAUUAGGCGAUAAACUUCGAUUGGAGGACGCUAAGAUUCCAAAGAAUUGUGUGGUUCAGGUAAUAGUAUCUCCUGAGCCGGGGGACGAAACUACCUGAUUCAAGUCUUUCUGUUUUAUUGGUACAUUCUUUUUUUUAUAUUAAGGAUUUUUAUGCUGCACAGCAUCGUGGAUAUUCCUAGUUUUCAUGCUUUGUAAUUGUCUUUUUUUUGUUUUUGUAUUAUUGGACAAAUGAAUUUGUAAUAAACUGUAGCGUUGUCUUACUGUUAUUACCAGGAUCAUAUACCAUUUUUUAUGCUGAUUUUUUUCUUUCUUCAAAAUAUUUGGCAUCAAAGAAUGCAUGGUUUAUGAUGUAACUGUUGGUUUUUUUAUGUUAUUCCUUCAAAUUUUAAAUUCAUACAUGUAGAAUAGUAAAAAAAAAAAAAAAAAAAAAAAAGUGGAUAUUUUCAACGAUUCUGUCAGAUUCUUUUACAUUACCUUAAUUGGAAUUGAAUCCAAGAUUGAUAUUGUGUGUGAAAGAGAUAGUUUAUGAAUUGUGAUGUUUGAAAAACAACAACAAAUGUUGAACUGUCAGUAGAGUGUUGAUGGUGUAAGAGUUUAUGUUAUUCAUGGCGUCCAAAUAUAUAUAGAUGUCCGUCACAAACACAAAAUUUACAUGUGUACAAGUGUAUGUGCAUUAUUUUUAACUUUGUAUGAUUGUUUUUUGAAGUCAUUUAUCUUUCUCGCAGAUUCUUACCACAGAUGUAUUUUUAAUACACCCAGGGUAUUUUGAGGGUGUCAAAUUAGUGCUUUGAAAUUUACAGGUGUGCAUUUUAAUGAUACAGGUGUGGCAUUAGAGAUGACGACAUUUCACAUAGGAUAUUGUAAGUGCACACGAUAAUAACACAGGUGUUAUAUAGGCUGUUAAUUUACUUUGUGUUUGUAGAUGGUCCAUACAACUCAUAAAAAGUCUUUGGUCUUUGUGAAGUCAUAGAAAAUAAGUCAUGGGGUGCAUGAGAAUCGUGGAAUAUAACCAGUUCAGGUGUCAUUGAGAGGUGCUUCAAUCUCAACAUCUUCCAUCCAAUCUUUCUUGAAAUUGUGAAAUUCAAUUAUCAUUUAUCAAAUCUGUAUAUAUUUAUGGAAAUUCAAUUGAAAGGUCUGUACAAACUAGCUGCAAUAAUGUAGAUUAUCUAAUUUUAAAAAAAAUUGUUCCCAUGUUCCCCCCCCCCUAAAAAAAUGUUGGCGAGGGCUACAUAAUUGCAGCUAUUACAAACCAAUGCUGUUAUCAUGCAUACGUUUGAAACUUGAUUCUUUUCUUUUAAAAAGUCUUUGAUCACAUAGGAUAUUCAUAUUAAUUAACGAUACACUAAAUUAAAUAGUCAUCUUACAUGAAAUGCCAAAUUUAAAAUCAGUGGAAACGUAAAAAUUCCUGGGGGUUGGGGGGGUAUUGGAAUAGGAAAGAAUUCAAGGGAAUUUAUGCUUAUCAAUGAUAAAACCUGUACAAAGAAUUUCACAGAUAUCAACAAAAGUUAAUUUAUCCAAUGUUCAGACCAAAUAUCAGUCAUUCCAGAUAUGAAACUGAAACAAGCACCCAGUGUUAAUCUACAUCUUGGUAGAGCCUCGCGUGUUAAUCUACAUCCCGUUAGAGCCUCACGACUGUUACGUGACUGAUGCACGAUUCGUGUAAAGUGAAAUGAGUUAAGUAAUCAAAAUUGACGUCAUCAUUUCCUCAAUGCACUAUGUUUAAACUUUGAAUCACUUGUGUAUUGUAAAACUUUUUUUCCCGCGAGUUCUUGAGAUUUAUCUGAGAAUCGUGCUAAUCACCCAAUGAGAGCUUGUGAGGAUGUAUGCAAUUAACGCUGAAGUGGAUGAAUAAAAAUCAAGUUUAGAAUUGUGAUAUUCCUACUCAUUGUAAUGCACUUGUCUACGUCUAUUAUAAAAAGUCUUUGGCAACUAGGUGAUUAUUUUUAUUCUCUUAAAAUUUGAAGUUGGUACCUAUUCUGAUGGAUUACUUAGAGAUCGUAAUUUUCAUUGAUGUACAAUGGUAGCACUGUGCAUAGAGAGAGACAUAAUAUACGUAGGACACUAUAAAUACCAGACCUGUUUAUUGAUGUAUAAUCAGCGUAUCACAGUGUUUUCUCAUUCUACAUUAUGUACCUGGAUAUAAGGAAUGAUGCUGUAUAACGGAUUAUCAUGAGUUGCCCCUGUACUGUUUCUGUACUUCAUACUGCUCUGUUUGAAACAUUUGAUCAUUAUUCAUCGUGUAUGGGAAACGUGGGGUUUAUAACAAGUGUUUCUACAUGCCUACCCCACAAGAUGAUCGUAUGUCCUUGUCGUGUGCCCUGUUUUUAUCAUUGUGGCGUGUUUAUCAUCUGUUUACCAUCGUUACCAAACCGGUGAUAAAUACGUCCAAACAUUUGCGUAAGUAAACAACAUUCUCUUCUCUCUCUCUCUCUUUUUUUUUUUUUUUUUUUUUGUACCAUGCAAAACGGUACUGUUGUAGUCAUUUGAUAUAACAAUUGUUAUAUACAAUGACAUAGGUGAUUAUCACUUCCUAGGUGUUAAUAAAGCACGGUAUCAACCUCCUUAAAAAGAUGUAUGUCAAGCAAGUUCUACUUUGCCCUUGUCUUUGAAAAAGACAACUUAAUAGACUUAGCAUUUAAAAUUCUGCCACCUUUAUUUUGUGUAGUUCAGUUUGACUAAAGGGAACAAAAGAAUAUUACUAGUAAAUUAUUGGAGCCUCUUUCAGUAAUUAGAGUGAUCAGUUAAAACAUGUGAAAACCUUUAGUAGGCUAAAUUUCUCAAACUUUAAGAGAGAUGACUUUGAUACUUCAAGGAUCUUGUGGCAAGCGCUUUCUGGUGGUGCCACAUAUGACGAGACCUUGUCUUUUGACUUUGACCCACUUAUUCAAAGGUUAAACGUUCGUAACAACUUUGGACACUUGGAUUUUUUCGUUAAAAAACCCUCAAAUUUAAGAGUUUUCUUUUACAUGUAUUUGGGUAAUCAAAAUUUGUCAAUGAGUAAAAUCUCAAGAGUUUCAACUGGAGUUUUUAAAAAAAGAGAAAUCCGGGUAUGCUCUCUCCAAUCAUGUUACAUACUUGUAUAACAAAAAGUGUUAAAAUGGGCUCUACUGUCGAUGUGUGCAUCAACGAACACAUGUUGAUUUUUUUUAAAAUAUACCAUUUUGUUCGGUGUCGUUAUCAAUUUCAUGACGUUGGGUAAAGUAGGGAAUGACCUAAGCUUGUAACAUUUUGUAUUGAAUGAAUUCUGAUAUUCUCUAAAAAUUUAAUUAUUAUUUUUUAUAAAUAAACCAAAUUUCACCGCCAGAGGUGAGGACCAAUGACUGAAAUGGUGGCGGGGGGGAUCCUGUCUUCAAACACUUUUAGUAGGAAUGGUUAGUUCAAAGAUGAAAAACAAAAUUAAAUUUAGACCGUGCAAUAUAACAUUUUUAGCUGAAGAAGAGCAGUGUUGAGGUCUGGUUUAUUUAUGUUUGUGCAAUAUACCGGAAAUGGGAAAUCUUGUGAUCCAUAACAUCCGUUAUAGUCACGUGUUUUGUGAUGUUUAGAAAGUGAACUAAAAUAUUCUUGUAUUGCUUGAUAUUUGUUAACACAAUAAAAUUUAUUUCUCCAUGUAAA